AUGGUAAAUUCUUUUGCAGGAGAAAUUCCGAAAGAGAUGGGUAACCUUCUAAAUUUGGAGGCAUUAAUAAUAGAGAAUAAUAGCCUCAGUGGUCUCAUUCCAUCCUCCAUCUUUAACAUCACUUCUUUGAAACAGCUUGUUCUUGCUAGAAAUUCCUUGACAGGUGUAAUACCACAGGAGGUUUGUGACCUUCACAACUUGGAGGGAUUCAGUUUAGGGAACCUUCCAUCAAGCACAGGGAACAGGCUACCGAAUCUUGAAGUACUUCAUCUUGCAGAUAAUAACCUCAGUGGAAUUCUCCCCGACUUCAUCUCAAAUGCAUCUCAACUCACUUUUCUAGACCUCUCCCAUAACUUAUUCACUGGUUCAAUUCCCAACUCACUUGGUAAUUUGACAAUUAAGAAGAUUGUGGCUAAAUUAAAUUCCAGCAUACCAACCUCCUUUUGGAGCCUCACAGAUCUUCUGGAGUUGAGCCUCUCCUCAAAUUCUUUAAGUGGUGGUCUACCCCCAGAUAUUGGUAACUUAAAGGCUGCGUAUCUAAUAGAUCUAUCAAUGAAUCAAUUUUCAGGUGAUAUCCCAAGCACAAUUUCAAGUCUGAAAAAUCUGAUCAAUCUAUCUUUGGCCCAUAAUAUAAUACAAGGGCCUAUUCCAGACUCAUUUGGCACCUUGGUAAAUUUGGAAUUCUUGGAUCUAUCCCAAAACAUUCUCUCUGGUGUGAUCCCCAAGUCAUUAGAGGCACUCUUGUAUCUCAAGUAUUUCAGUGUAUCUUUCAAUGGACUAAGAGGAGAAAUUCCCUAUGGAGGUGCUAUCACGAAAUUCACGUAUCAAUCUUUUAUGUCGAAUGAAGCAUUGUGUGGUGUUCCUCAGUUCCAAGUCCAGCCAUGUGACAAUAGUUCCCCACACAAAUCAAAGACACAAAGAAUGUUUCUAACUAUGUUACCCAGAGUCGGCCGUGUCCGAUUAAAGAAUGGAGGGUCGGACGCAUAUCCAGUGUCCGUGUCCGUGUCAUGUCGUGUCGACACGGGCACUCUGGCUUUCACUGACGAGUCCAGAUGGAGGAGAAGUAAAGUUUCAAUUCAGACUGAAUUGAUAUCCAUAGUUAAAAGUGGAAGAAUUCCAUAUCAUGAACUUGUGCGAGCAACAGAUGGGUUUAGCGAAAGCAAUUUGCUUGGCAUGGGGAGUUUUGGUUCGGUUUACAGAUACAACUACUUCUUGGAUAUCUCGAAGAGAUUGGACAUAAUGAUAGAUGUAGUGUGUGCAUUGGCCUAUCUCCACCAUGAUUACUCAAUGUGUGUGGUUCAUUGUGACCUCAAACCUAGCAAUGUCCUUUUAGAUGAAGAUAUGGUUGCACAUGUGAGGGACUUCGGCAUUGCAAAGCUCUUAGAACAGGGGGAGAGCAUUACAGUAACCAAGACUCUAGCCACAUUUAGGUAUAUUGUACCAGAGUAUGGAUUCGAAGGAUUUGUGUCAAUAAGGUGUGAUGUUUAUAGCUAUGGCAUUAUAUUGAUGAAAACAUUUACAAGAAGGAAACCCACUGAUGAAAUAUUAGCUGGAGACAUGAGCCUAAAGAGUUGGGUAAACCAGUCAUUGCCCAAUAAAAUAAUUCAAGUUAUAGAUUCCAACUUGCUAAGGCCAAAGGAAGCACACUUCACUGCAAAGCUGCAAUGUUUAUCAUUCAUCAUGGAAAUGGCUCAGAAUUGCUUGACAAAAUCACCACAAGAGAGGAUCAACAUAAAAGAUGCUCUAGUAACACUUAAGAAGAUCAAACUUCAAUUGCUGCUCAAAAAUUGUGACGGGACUUGA